AUGUCGCUGAAAUGUUUGAGCCGCGAUUCCUACCGGGUAGGAUGGAUAUGCCCCUUAGAGGUGGAACAGAUCGCGGCAAUGGAGAUGCUAGAUGAGGAGCACCAACCUCUUCCGCAACCCAGCGGGGACACAAACGUUUACAACCUCGGCAGCAUCAACAACCAUCACGUGGUCAUCGCUGGUCUUCCUCGGGCAGGGAACUGCUCCGCAGCCACUGUCGUCACUCAAAUGAGGAUGACCUUCCCAAAUCUCAAAUAUGCCUUGUUGGUGGGGAUUGGGGGCGGCGUCCCGACAAAGACAGACUGGGGAAUGAUCCGUCUAGGACAUGUGGUCGUUAGUGAACCGACAGGUGUCCACUCCGGGGCGAUACAGUACGACCAUGGGAAGGCGAAGGCGGGUCACUUUGAACGCAAAGGUUUCCUCGAAGCUCCGCCAACGGCCCUUCUUAACGCUGCACGAGAAUUGGCUGUCCGGCGCCAGCGGGUGGAUGAUGAUCCAAUUUGGGGGAACCUGGGGCGGAUCCAAACUAGCCGUCGAAGACUUCGCCGCUUUAAGUUCCCUGGCGCCGUGAAUGACUAUCUCUACCCGUCCAACUAUACACAUGGGCAGCAAGGGGUACCGUGUGAAGAUAGUGGAUGUGACCCGAGGCAGCGUAUCGAGCGACCGACAGACGAGGAAGACGACUCGUUUAUUGUUGUACACCGAGGCACAAUAGCAUCAGGGGAGUUGGUGAUAAAGGAUGCUAAGAAGAGAGACGACAUGGCGCAGGAGUAUGGGGUACUAUGCUUUGAAAUGGAGGCUGCAGGAGCCCUUACCGAUUUCCCAUGUAUGGUGAUUCGAGGCAUCUCCGACUAUUGCGACUCGCAUAAGAACGACCAGUGGCAUGGUUACGCAGCGGCGGUAGCGGCCGCUUAUGCGCGGCAGUUAUUUUUCCAUAUGUCCAUUGAAGAGGUGCAACGGAAUUCGAAUUCGAGACAAAUAACUUUCGAGCUUCCACUUAACCUGUCCGAGAUAUCCGAAGUGACCCGGUUCGUUGCACGAGAAGAUAAGCUUAAGAGAAUGGAAGAGAUCUUCGAAACAACUAUUGGACGCCGUACUGCCGUGGUGCAUGGAUUGGGUGGUAUUGGCAAGACGCAGCUAGCUAUCGCAUAUAUCAAACGAAAUCGGUCUCAUUACUCGGCGACAAUCUGGCUGAAUGCGAGAGAUGAAACAGCAUUAAAGCAAAGCUUUGCUCGCACAGCUGAGUGGAUUCUACGCCACCACCCGUCUCUUACAUACAUUGCAGGUGCUUUGGAGAGCCGAGACUUGGACGAGACGGUGAAAGCGGCUAAACGAUGGCUGGACGACCGGAUGAAUGAUCGCUGGUUGAUCGUCUAUGAUAACUAUGAUAAUCCCCUACCGGGCAACCAGACAGGGAAAGGCAUAAGCUAUACUUCCUCUGUCGAGGCAGGUACAUAUAGCGAUGACGAUAAAGAUCUUGCAAAGGCUUUUGAUCUUCGGAAAUUCCUGCCCGAGACCGACCAUGGUGCUAUCAUUGUGACCACGCGGUCCUCUAUGGUAAAGCUAGGCCAGACUAUUCACUUACGCAAGCUAGAGGAUAUCAAUGAUAGCCUUGAGGUCCUGGCUUCCGUCUCUGGCCGUGAAAAUUUAAGACAAGACCCUGCAGCUGCUGAUCUUGCGAGGCAGCUUGAUGGACUUCCUCUGGCCCUCGCGACAGCUGGCGCAUACUUAGAGCAAAUUUCGAUUAGCUGCACCGAGUAUCUCCAGCUGUACCGAGAAUCAUGGCAGCAAUUACACGAAGAGACGCCGCAACUGGCGGCAUACGAUCAAACGUUGUACUCAACAUGGAAUCUCACAUAUCGAUAUAUUCAGCAGCAGAGUCCAAUUGCAGCUAUGCUUCUCCGACAAUGGGCGUAUUUUGCUAGUGAAGACUUGUGGUAUGAGCUGCUGGAGGAUAGUGGCCCGAAGAAGCCGGAAUGGCUGGACGCACUGACAAAGACCAAGCUCAUAUUUCACGCAAGCUUACGAAUUUUGUGCAGCCACGGGCUCGUUGAAGCUGGUCCGACUACCACUUUACAGAGAGUGGAGUCACGAGGCUAUAGCGUACACGGCUGCGUUCAUUCGUGGAUGAUUCAUGUGCUGAACCAGGGGCUUGAAAAUAGUAUGGCCUGGAUAGCAGUCGAAUGCGUAGCGGCGCGUGUGCCUGGGAAUGACGAACAGGAAUUCUGGCUUUUACAACGGCGGCUUAUUGCACAUGCAGACAGAUGUUUGGAGACAAUAAGAAAUAUAGAAAUUAAUGGUGAGGCCGCGGGGGCUCUGCAUUCUUUGGGUUUUCUCUACGCAGAUCAAGGCCGGCUCCAGGAGGCAGAGGCGAUGUACGAACGAGCGCUAGAAGGCAAUGAGAAGGCGUGGGGACGAGAACACACGUCGACGCUUAAUACCGUCCACAACCUCGGCAACCUCUACGUAUUUCAAGGCCGGCUCCAGGAGGCAGAGGCGAUGUACGAACGAGCGCUAGAAGGCAAUGAGAAGGCGUGGGGACGAGAACACACGUCGACACUUGAUACCGUCAACAGCCUCGGCAGCCUCUAUCGGAAUCAAGGCCGGCUCCAGGAGGCAGAGGCGAUGUACGAACGAGCGCUAGAAGGCAAGGAGACGAUGUGGGGACGAGAACACACGUCGACGCUUAAUACCGUCCACAACCUCGGCAACCUCUACGCAGAUCAAGGCCGGCUCCAGGAGGCAGAGGCGAUGUACGAACGAGCGCUAGAGGGCUGCGAGACGGCGUGGGGACGAGAACACACGUCGACACUUGAUACCGUCCACAGCCUGGGUCUUCUCUACGUAGAUCAAGGCCGGCUCCAGGAGGCAGAGGCGAUGUACGAACGAGCGCUAGAAGGCUACGAGACGGCGUGGGGACAAGAACACACGUCGACACUUGAUACCGUCAACAACCUCGGCAACCUCUACGCAGUACAAGGCCGGCUCCAGGAGGCAGAGGCGAUGUACGAACGAGCGCUAGAAGGCUACGAGACGGCGUGGGGACAAGAACACACGUCGACGCUUAAUACCGUCCAUAACCUCGGCAACCUCUACGUAGAUCAAGGCCGGCUCCAGGAGGCAGAGGCGAUGUACAAACGAGCGCUUGAAGGCUACGAGGCCGCUUUUGGGGCGGCCUCAACUUUCACCUAUAUCCCUGCCUUGCACACUCUGCGGAACUUUGGCGUUCUAUGCGAAAGGAACGGGCAAGUUCAUACUGCUCUGCUGUAUUAUCAGCGGGCACUGGUGGGCACUGAGGCUGUUUGGGGCCAGUAUCACGAACGGUAUUUUUGGCUUUCCACCAAAUUAACUUCUUUGGAGCGUGACACACAUGAAGUUUCUGAAAGAGAAGAGCCUGUUCAAAUGAAUACCAACCGGAGGCUAAAAUGGAAGAAACUAGGAGCCAAGCUCUCCGGUAUAUAUAAGCCAAAAUAA